AACGCAAGACAUGCGGUUUCAAGAGAAACGCCGGCUUCAUCCUCGAACGUCAAUCACAAACAUCAGGAAGCAAUUACCGACCAUCAUCAUAAUAAAACUCACAAAUGAAUAAGUCCAGUGCUAUUUCAUUACUCACGAGACUGCUGUAUGCUUGAAUGAGGUAGAAGAGAGGAUUGAUUCUGUGGGUUUCACAGAGCUGUACUUGCCGAUGGCGUCAGAGGCGCUAAACACGGGGGGAUUCUGAGAAAACCAGUUCAGGGAAGUCAGACGAACUGAACAAGCCAAACCCUGCAGUGUUCCGCUUCUUGCUCAGUUUUAGGGCACGGGCUGAACAGAAACGCCGCUCGUUUUCGACAACCAUGUCCGUCAGAUUUACUCGCGUAGUUUAAACAAACCCGUAGACAAGUCGCGCACUUAUAUGACAGAAUCCUGACCCUCUUCAACAACCUUCCAGAUCGACAGAUAUCAUUAUUGAGCUGUUUGUCAUCGCUCAAGAAAGAACAUUUUAUUUUGCCAGCCCGAGUAAAACCUCAGGAACAAAGAAACUUUAAGGAAUCCGACAGAUAUCUAACUGGACAUCUUCACAAUGAUUCUCUGCGUUCAAGGCCCACGAGCUCAUUUGACUGAUACCCCCGAUCCGACGGUCAGGUUUCCGGUGGUGACUUUCUCUUCUCCUCGCCGCAUUCACUCGGCCAUUAACUCAUGGGACCCUAGCAAAGAUUUAAAAGUUAUCUCUGAAAAUUUCUCCUAUCUGGAUGCCUCAGGUUGGUACUGGGGUGCCAUCUCUGCCAGUGAGGCCCACUCUGUCCUACAGGAGGCACCGAAUGGUACUUUCCUGAUACGGGACAGCAGCCACCCUCUCUAUAUGUUGACACUGUCUGUUAAAACCAGCCGUGGGCCCACAAACGUACGCAUCGAGUACAGUCAUGGACAUUUCCAUCUGGACUCCAGUUCCCCUGUCAGAUCUCGCCUGCAGUCCUUCCCCGACGUCCCCAGCCUCCUGCAGCACUACGUGGGCUCCAGGAGCAAAGAGGAGGGGGAAAAGACUGAGGAGUCUGAUCACAUAACGUCCAUAAAACCCAAGGAAUGUGCGAUGUUGCUAAAACUCAAAAGGCCGAUCCAUCAUCCUCAAGCCUUUCCUUCUUUGCAACAUCUCACUCGCUUGGUAAUCAACAAAAACACAACUUGCACAGAGCACCUGCCUCUACCCAGACUGAUACUUCAAUAUCUUAAGGAUUACCCUUUCCAGCUCUAAGGUCACCAUGGAAUCGCACACCAUGGCCAAUAACGAGGUGGAUGUUGAUGUUUUGAAGGAGGCAAGUUAAAUGCACAGCCCCAACGAGAGGUUUGGGGUCAAAAAAGAAGUGUUGAGACUUGUUUCUGGACAAGAAACAAGUUUUUGAUGGUCAGCAAGUCUAUCUAAAUAGAUAGCUAGAUACUUUGUUUAUACCCAAGUGGGACUGAGUCAAACCAGAUCCAGAAUUGACUCAAUGAGAA